AUGGGUGUUGCUGAACUGGCAAAAGGCAUUGAGUAUACAGAAUCAAUUAAAACAAGUUGGCGAUCUCCUCGUGCAAUUGUAGCCAUGGGAAAUGAACGUCAUCAACGUGUUCGACAACGUCACAAUAUUAACCUAGAAGGUGACGAUAUUCCACCACUAUUGCGAUCAUUCGAAGAUAUGAAAUUUCCGCCAGGUAUAUUGAAUGUACUUGCUGAAAAAACAACAAACGGUCCCACACCAAUACAAAUGCAAGGUCUUCCUGCUGUUUUGUCCGGACGAGAUCUGAUUGAUAUUGCUUAUACGGGCAGUGGUAACACGCUUGUGUUCGCUUUACCCAUUGUCAUGUUCUGUUGUGAACAAGAAUUAGCCAUGCCGUUUGUUAAAAAUGAAGGACCGUAUGGCUUGGUUGUUUGUCCGUCGAUUGUUUUUAUCAUUAUUAGAAAAUUUUACGUUUAUAGUGGUGUUCAUAUUAUUGUCGCUACACCCGAUCGUUUAAUGGAUAUGCUUGAUAAAAAAUUACUUUAUUUGGAUAUAUGUCGAUAUUUAUGUUUGGAUGAAGCUGAUCGAAUGAUUGAUAUGGGAUUUGAAGAAGGUGUGAGAAAUAUUAUUUCACAUUUUAAGACUCAACGUCAAACAUUGUUAUUUUCUGCUACAAUGCCAGAAAAAAUACAGAAUUUUGCUAAAAGUGCUUUGGUCAAGCCAAUAACGAUCAAUGUUGGACGUGCAGGAGCUGCCAGCCUUGAAGUGAACCAAGAAAUAGAACACGUUAUGGCGGAAGCACGAGUUGUACAGUUGCUCACAACAUUACAAAAAACUCCGCCACCAGUGCUGAUAUUUGCUCAACAUAAACAAGAUGUCGAUGCCAUUCACGAAUAUUUAUUGUUGAAAGGCGUCGAAGCUGUUGCGAUUCAUGGUGGCAAAGUUACUAUUUGUUAUCUUAUUAUGGCCUCGAAUAAUAAUGAUGAUUUACAAUCUUUUGUUGACGAUGAUUUAUUCGAAGAAGCAGCUGCUUUCGUUCAGAGCCAUUUACCACUGUUUUCAAAAGACGAUCUUCUAUAUCUCUAUGCACGUUAUAAACAAGUGACUGUGGGAGAUAUUAAUAUUCCUAGACCCGGAAUAUUUACACUUAAUUUUGAACCUAAAGCGAAAUGGGAUGCAUGGAACUCAGUAAAAAAUGUAUCAAAAAUGCAAGCAUCACAUGAAUAUAUUGAAAAAGUGAAUCACAUAAAACGAAUUAAUAAUAUUACUAAUGAAAAUGCAAAAUCUAGUGGUACCGGUGGACCUAGUGUCAGUCGUUUCAAAAAAGAUGAAGAAGAAAUAGAUGAUAAAGAUAAAACAAUAUUUGACUUUUGUCAAGAAGGAAAUUUACAACGUGUUGAAGAAUUACUAACUACUGGCUUUGAUAUUAAUGAGCCGGAUGUAUUGGGACUAUCGCUUCUCCACUGGGCUACUGAUCGUGGCGAUGAAAAUAUGAUUCGUUUAUUAGCAAGAAAAGGUGCCAAUAUGAAUAUUCAAGAUGCCGAAGGACAAACGGCGUUACACUACGCUGCAAGCUGUGGCCAUGAUAAUUGUGCAAAUUUAUUACUAGAUCUUGGAACCGAUGCCAAUAUUUGUGAUUACGAUGGAUAUAAGCCAUAUACCGUCGCAUCUUCAGAUCAUAUUCGAUCAAUUUUUGCAUCGAGAUGA